UCUAGGGAGGGUCAGGUUGGAGGUGGAGAGUGACACAUGAGAUAUGCAUUUUAAAACUCAUGCCCCUAAAGGCCCUUACAAAGUAUAAAUGGAGAAGGAACACGGGAGCCAGAGGGAACUUAGAGUCAAGGGUGAAAAUCAAGACCUCCACCAUGUCCUCCAUCCCCUUCCUCUGCCAUUUCUGCCGCCGGCCCCUGAAGCUGACUCGGACUUCUGCCUCCAGGAAGGAGACGGACCUGGAAGAGCUGCAGGGGAGUGCCUCCGGCUGGACCAUCCCUGAUGACGGGGAGAUGUCCAGGGACGAUCCCAGCCACUUCACCCUGCUCGGGGAACUGGCCUCUGAGAGGACUCUCAGUAGCAUCCAGAGGACCAUCGCCGACCUUUGUGAUGUCCUACCCGGUGAAGAGAUGGACCACCCCCUGUGCGAGGACUGCACUGACAGUCUCUUGGGGCAGCUGGACAAGCAGCUCAGGAUCUCAGAGUCUGACAGUCAGACCUAUAAGCGCUGUUUGGAGACCAGGGAUGGAUGAGGUGAGGACGUGAGGAAGAUGCUGCAGCAGGAGCUGAAGGUCUUGGAGCGGGAGGAAGCCAGGCUGGUCCAGGAGCUGGAGAAGGUGGAGAAGAACCGAGACAGGACAGCUGUGGCCCUGGAGGCAGCCCGGGCAGAGACGGAGACGCUGGAGCAGCAGGAAAGGCAGAGCCACAGGGACCUCGGUGAACUUCAGUGGCAACAACAGGAACUGCAGGACGAGCUGUUGAGCUUGGAGGACCGGCUGCUGUACGCCCAGACCCAGCUGGCCUGGCUGAAGAGAACCAACGCCUUCAAGGCCGCGUUUGAGAUCUGCUGUGAUGGCCCCCUGGCCGCCAUCAUCAGCUUCAGGUUGGGUUGUGUCCCCACUGUCCCGGUGAGCUGGAGGGAGAUCAAUGCAGCCUGGGGGCACACAGCCUUGCUGCUGCUGGCCUUGUCCAACACAGUGGGUCUGCAGUUUCAGAGGUACCAGCUCGUCCCCCGCGGGGACCACUCCUACCUGAAGUCACUGACAGAGGACCCCGAGGAGCUGCCCUUGUUCUGCACAGGGGGGAAGAACUCACUCUUGAACAGCAAGUUUGACCAGGCCAUGGUGGCCUUCCUGGACUGCAUGCAGCAGUUCAAUGAGGAGGCCAAGAAGGGUGAGCCAGCUCUCUACAUGUCCUCCAGGAUCCACGUGGAGCAGGGCCUGAUGGAGGACCCAGGAUCCGGUGAAUUCUACUCCAUCAGAACCCACCUGAACAGGAAGGAGCAGUGGACAAAGGCACUCAAGCUCAUGCUUACAAAUUUUAAGUGGAGUCUGGACUGGGUCUCCUUAAGGUAUCCUCACAAAUAA